AUUUUAGAUUAUCGUAACCGUCUUUUACUAUAAGUCACCUUCAUUCUCUCGGUGUGUUCCUGGUCCGGUAUCAUCAUUUACCUAAUUAAUUAACUUCUUAAUUGAUUUCCUUUGUCUAAUUUAAAUAAACAUCAACAGAAAUGGCUUCCCUUUUCGCAGCCCCUCAACUUUUAUCCAGAGCUAUGAUGAUGUCAGCUAGCCGAGGUAUUGCCCGACCUUUAAGCUCAGCCAUUAACUCUGCCCAAUUCUCCAACAAUUCAUCAGUCCUUUUCCAAGAGAAGAAAGCUCAAAGCUUCUCUGCUCUUUCUGCCCUUUCUGCAAUCAGACCAAUCCACACUAGUUCAAUUAGGAAUGAUAUUGAUUCUGCUGCUAAGUUUAUCGGUGCUGGAGCAGCUACUGUUGGUGUUGCCGGUUCAGGGGCUGGAAUUGGUUCAGUCUUCGGAAGUUUAAUUAUUGGUUACGCUCGUAAUCCAUCAUUGAAGGCACAACUUUUCCAAUAUGCUAUUCUUGGAUUUGCUCUUUCUGAAGCUAUGGGUCUCUUCUGUCUUAUGAUGGCCUUUUUAAUUCUUUUUGCUUUCUAAGCAUCCAGUCUUAUCGAAAUAAAAUUAACUAAGCUUUGACAUUGAUUUGUGAACAAUGAAAGGUUGGAUUGUAAAGUCGAAUAAAAGUAGAAAAGAAUGAUAAAUUGUUGAAAUAAAAUAAUACAAAAUGAAAA